UUUUUAGCUUUUAUGUCUUGUUUUUGUUCAUGUACUUUUUAACACAAAGUGCACAAAGAUUGAAUGUACGACAGGUAAAGUAUGCACUGUAUAUGCAUCCAUGCCUGUUUCCUUGUUUAUUAUUCCACUGGAGUGGACAGCUGACUAGGAAAGGUCAGGUGAGGUAAAGGGAGUGGACUGCUGAAGCUAUGUUUAGCAUCCCUUCUGACACAGAUGCCUUUAAGAGAAGAGGGAGCAGGUCUAACACCAGAAGAAGGCGGGCAAGACWAGUGUAACGUGACAUUCUAACAUAAAAAAACUUGAGGCAGUGGGAGUUAGUAAACACAAACAAGCCUAUUUCUCCUUUCACUACAACACAAAGACAUGAGAUAUGGCCACUGCUGCCACCAUCCUGUCUAAGGAGCAGCUUCUUUGCCCCAUCUGUUUGGACGUGUUCAACCAGCCCGUCUCCACUCCGUGCGGGCAUAACUUCUGCAGGGACUGCAUUCAGCGGUACUGGCAGAGCGCCAGUCUGCCACAGUGCCCCAUGUGUAAACAAAAGCUGUACAAGAAGCCUGACCUGAAAGUUAACACCUUCAUAUCCGAAGUGGCCUCUCAGUUUAAGAAGUUCUGGGAAAAUAAAUACAAAGAAGGAGGCGACACGAUGAACCUGCCAGUGUGCAGUAAAGGUGAAGUUUCUUGUGACGUGUGCACUGGGAAAAAGGUGAAAGCGUUUAAAUCCUGUCUGGAUUGUUUGGCUUCAUUCUGCGAGACUCAUCUGGAGCCCCAUCAUGUCCUUGCCACGCUCCAGAACCACCGGCUGAUUGCCGCCAAGAUGAGCAUGCAGGACAGAGUGUGUAAGAAGCACGAGAGCCUUCUGGAGCUGUUUUGUCACACUGAUCAGAUGUACGUGUGCCAAGUCUGCAUCCUUAAAGACCACAAGGCCCACCUCACAGUCCGCAUAGAGCAUGAAAGCCAGAACAAAAGAGCUCAAAUUAGAAACUUAAACGUGGAGGUACAGGGAAUGAUCCAAGAUCUCAAACAGAAAAUCUGUGACAUCAAACAAAACAUUCAGCUUAGUAAGAAAAACAUGGAAAAAGAGAUCGAGGAGAGUUUACAGAUUUUCAACAAUCUGCUCCAAAUUGUUCAGCAAGGCCAAGCCGAGGUGGCUGAGGUGAUCAAAGCAAAGCAAAGGCAAGUCGAAACCAGGGACAGUGGGAUUAUAAUGGAGAUGGAGCAGGAUAUUGACCAGCUGAGGCACAUAAGCACUGAGCUGGAUCUGCUUUCAAGCACCAGUGAUGAUCUCYACCUUCUCCGGAGCUUUCCAGCUUUUUCAACAGUGCCAGCCAUCACUCUUUGGUGCAAAACUCGUGGACAAAGUGUGGAAUACGUGGGAACAGUGAGGAGAGCGAUCAGGACAAUUGCAUGUCAGGUUGAGGAAACAGUGAAAGCUGAGGUGAAGAGGCUUUGCCAGGCUGAAUUUCAGAGGGCAAAGUCCUGUGCCGUGGACCUGACUUUGGAUCUUGACACGGCUCAUCCCAAACUGGUGCUGUCUGAAAACAAAAAGCAGGUCCAUCACGGCGACGUGGCUGUCAGCUGCCAUGACACCCCAAAGAGGUUUUACCCCUGUGUUAGUGUUUUGGCCAAGGAAGGUUUCGCCUUUGGCAGGUUCUUUUAUGAGGUCCAGGUGAAAGGGAAGACAGAGUGGGAUGUUGGAGUGGCACUUGAAUCUGUCAACAGGAAAGGAGGGAACAUGUUGAACCCUGAGAGAGGCUAUUGGACCCUGGGGAUGAGGCAGAACGGGAGCUACUGGGCACUCAACAGCCCUCCUGUGCACAUACCACUGGUGGAAAAUCUCCAGAGGGUCGGGGUGUAUGUGGAUAUAGAGGGGGGACAAGUGUCCUUCUACAACACUGAUACUUGUUCUCAUGUCUACACGUUCAUUGGAUACACGUUCGGUGAAAGACUCUUGCCUUACUUCAACCCACGACGGAAUCAUGGUGGGGUCAACUCGGCUCCUCUUGUCAUCUUGCCCGUGAACAUCUAAAUUACCAGAACAUUUGAUCUUUUUCUGUUGCUUUAUUGAUGACAGAAACUUUCUGAAAAAAAGUUGCAAGCCUGUUUUGCUGUUUGUUUCUGAAUUUACCUAAUAAAAUGUUUUCCAAGA